CGUACGUACACGCAGCACACACUGCACGCACGAUAACACACGAGACCAGAGGUAGACUGGCAGUACUGCUGCUGCUCGUGCGGACUCUCGUGGACGCUUACGCACGUAGCAACUGAACUUUCGGACGUUGCGCGCCUGCGACCUCGACACUGAGACACGCAGCGCGAGAGAGACCGCCGAGAGAGUGGGAGAGCGAGACUCGCUGGCUCAAUCAAUGCUGAUCGAGCGCGAAUCAAUCGUUUGCCGCACCACCAUCAGUGCAUCGGCACCGUCGUCCUGCUGCACCAGUGCGCGCAACUGGACAGCUGCCUCCUCGCGCCCGCGCGCUCCAACUCAUCGCCACCGACCAGUCGACAACGCAGCAGCUGCUGCUCUCCAGUUCUCCAGCGGCGGAUACCGCGCGUAAAUGGACAGUUAUGUUGAGAUAAGGAGGACACAUCCACGUUCAUAGGAGAUGACGCGAACGGUAUUCCCCUGCUGCUGCUGUUAUUCGCAACUCGACUCGUGGUGUUGCAAGGUCAAAAACAUCAGUACUGUUUACCAAUCAAAAUAAAGGCAUGCACACAAGCCUGAAUGUUACCAACUUAAGGGUGGAAUGAACGAGGAAGAAUUAUUAAAACGGUCUGCUGCAGAACGGGAUAGAAUAUUCAGCUGCUAUGACCGUGGCAGGGAAGGAGCAGAAAUUGAUCCUUGGGAGGAUCCUGCUUACGAGGUUUAUCAUACUACAGACCGAUAUGGAUUCAUACAUGAUAAGCGGCUACCACAGAAAAAGGACCAGAAUGAAAUAAAAUCUCAUCACAUUGAGAUGGAGAGGAUAAAAAAGUGGCAAAAAAUGGUUAAUAAUUGGGAGUCUCCUUCGACAAAGGAAAAGUUAAGGCGUAGGAUAUAUAAAGGAAUACCUGAUAGGUACCGAGGAACAGUAUGGACAUUACUUUUAGGAAUAACAAAAUUAAAAAAUGAACAGCCUGGAAAAUAUGAUGAAAUGUUAUUGUUGGCCCGUCAGUGGUCUACCGAAAUACGACAGAUUGAUGCAGAUGUGGCUAGACAAUAUAGAGAUCACAUUAAUUAUAGGGAAAGGUACAGUCUCAAGCAGAGGUCCAUGUUUUAUGUCUUGGCAGCUUACAGUAUGUACAAUAUGGAAGUGGGCUACUGCCAAGGUAUGUCUGUCCUAGCUGGAUUACUCUUGCUGUAUAUGGAUGAAGAGGAUGCAUUUUGGGGACUAUCUGUUCUUCUAACAGACAAAAAGUACAGUAUGCACGGGUUCUACGUGGACGGCUUUCCAAAGUUGAAUCGCUAUAUAGAGCACCAUGACAAAAUAAUGAACAAGUUCCUGCCGAAACUCAAGCGAAAAUUAGACAAGUGUGGCUGUGAUUCCAUACUUUACGCAUUGAAGUGGUUUUUCGUGGUGUUUCAAGAGAGGACGCCGGUGAGUCUUGGGUUGCGCAUUUGGGAUAUAUUCUUGUUGGACGGCGACCGAGUACUGUCGGCGGUAGCGUACACGGUGAUGAAAAUGCACAAACGCCAGCUGCUGACAAUGGAGAGUCUCGACGAGUUUUGCAACUAUCUGCAGAUGAAGCUGGAGAAGGAUUUUGGCUACGAUGACGAUCUUGUCAUUAACACGGUGGAGCGGAGCAUGGAGGAGCUAAAACGCGCCAAGCUCGAUUAUCCAGGACCGCCUUUGCCACACGAGCUGCCGCGGCAACCCUUCGGCACCUUCAAGGAGCCCACUUUCACCAGCAAGGUUGGCAGACGAACGGACGAGUUCAGCGAGGCGCAACAAAUGAUGCGCGAAACUUUGAUCCAACGCCGCCAGACGAUCGUCAUUGAGGAGGAGAGUCGCGAGAACAGCGCGACGCCCACCGAAUUGGCGAUAGCCAACAAUUGCGUCAACAAGAACGGCCUCGGUGGGAGCAAGUUUUCGUUCGAGCCGAGCCUGGCGGACGGCAGCAGCUGCGUGUCGCCGCAGGGCUCGAGGCGCUCGCUAGCUGACACUUCGGUCACGUCCACGGCCGACCUGUCGGUAUUCAGCAGCUCGGCUACGCGCAGUCAGGCCCUCGACGAGGCCAACUACGAGCAGCUCGAGCUGGAGAACAGCCUCGACACGCAGUCCAACGCCAGCGCGGUCAGCGAGGAGGCCUGCAGCGGCUGCAGCACGGCCGGUCAAGCCACCCCUCGCCAGCAGCAGCAGCAGCAGCAGCAGCAGCAGCCGCAGCAGUCGCCGCCACCACCGCCACCGCCGCCGCACCACGCCCGUACCAACACCAACAGCAGCAAUAGCAACAGCAGCGGCCACGCCAGCCCCGACGUCGUGCGCAUCUACGUGCCCUACGGGCCGCCGAGCGAGCAGCAGCCGCCGCAGCCGCAGCUGCUGGCCAGGACCAAUCUCGCGCUCGACACCCCCAACCGGAUCAGGAUCAAGGUCGACCCCGAUCAGACGCCCCUCGUUGAGAAGCCCCUCACGCCUUUCGCCCUCGACAGUCCCGAGCUCGACCUCGAUUGCGACAUCAAGUAGCCCUCCUCCCUCGCCCUACCUGCAAGCGCAGCAGAUUCGCACAAUCGCGUCUUACCAUCCUAUUAUUAUCAUCAUUGUCAAUGUGUUCAAUUAUUUAUUAUUGCAUUUUAACAAUAUCGCCAAGCCUUACGCUCUAUAAUCGCCAACUCCAUUCCCCGUUACCUCUCCUUCACUCGUAGAACGCAGCUUUGCGCACUGCAUUAGCUUGUUUCUUGUACGCGCACGUGUUGCCCCUUCGUCGAGCAUUUAUUUAUAUUAUUUACAUGGCCUACUGAGCAUUCGACUUCCAUUCGCGGCGAGAUUCGCUCUGUACAGUUACGAUUCGGAGCCUCGCCCGAAUCCCGUUUCUCCGUUUUUCCUUUUCUUUACGCUGUGCUGCGCAAGAAGCCAUUCGAAACGAACGAACAAACGCGAUGUGCAAUGCAAACAGUUUCUCUCUCUUUUUCUCACGCGUGCACUCGAACACAGAUAGUUUGCGCUGAUUCGCGCGCGGCGCAUUUCGAUUGCCGACGUUCUCGCGGCCCCUUCUUAAUAAAGUGACUUAGAACAAAUUGUUAGAAUUUCGAUGUGUCAUUGAAGCAACAGUCUAGAUUGUUAUUUGCAUUACUCAAGUACUAUUGAACCCGAUGACGAUACGAUCAAGUGACAACAAUUAGACGGAUAUAUUGAAAAAAAGAACUUUAUUGGAGAAAGCGAAUUAUUGUAUAACGUACUAUGAGAAAUGCGUACGUCACAAUGUAAGGUCGAGCGUUUAUAUACCUGAUCAAAUGUUACAACACUAUUGAGCUGUUGGAAAAACUAUUCAAUCUUUUAGUUGUAAAUACUCGUCGAUUUUUAUUCAAUUUUUUUCGAUUCUGAUGAAAAAAAAAAUUGAUUUCGGACUGAUUGAAGCAAUUAACGACAGGAUUAAGAAGCUGGAGAACAUUGUUUUAUUGCAAGGGAAUAAAAAGAAUUAUAAGAUAUUUUUCGAACUUGAAAUACAAAGAUAUUUUUGUGAAAAUUAAUGCAAAGGAGUGAAAAUUGUAAUAAGAAUCCAUAAAAAACAGUCGGUUAAAAAAAAGAAAAAAAAGAAGAAAAAAAAGAAAAAAAGCUAAAUAGCGCGCAUUUCGUCAGCUGAAAAAAAUGUCAAUACUCACAUGCAAAUAAAUUAAUAAGAGUUAUUAUAAAUAUAAAGCAACCGAUGAUUGAAAAAAAAGAAAUCGAAUAGAUACAUGUAUUAUGUGUGUAUAUAUAUACAUAAACAUUUGUUGUACACUUUUGUGAAUACAGCAAUCUUCUUUCUUCUAUCGUUAAUGAAAGCAGGAGGCUUAUGAAAAAAGCAAAAAAAAAACAAAUAAUUAUUUGAAAUUUUUAAGUAAUAAGACUUGUGUCCAAGUAGGCUUAAAAUUAAUAUCAAGUACGUAGGUAUUAUUAAGAAUACGUAGGAGAGAAAAUAAUUUAAUACGAAGAGAUUGAACUUUGAACCGAGGAUUAAAUCAAGUUUCAAACUCCAAUUGAAGAAGAGAAUAUGACUUUAAGCAAUACCGUUUUUUUAUUGAGUUUGUAUGAUUUUUAAUUACGAUAGCAUAAUUAUUUUAGAUUAUUUAGGCGAAAAUGAUUAACAGGAUUAUUAGUUGUUGUGCACGAUACAAUGGUUAGUUUACGUGUAGAAGUAUUUCUUGAUUAAGUAAAGUUGUAUUUCCAGCGGUUAUUUUUCGAAGGCCGACGCACGCGGAAACGACGCGACGGAUGAUCGGCAAGGCUAUUCUUACGAAGAGCAAUUGUAAAUAUACACGAAUCUUGCUCGACGGUCACACAAUUUUUUCUUAUAGGAGCUAUACACGUGAACUAUUUUUUUACACGAGUAGCAGUUUAUUGUAGUAAAAUGAUACUCGGACAAUUGACAAAGAUUCGUGAUAAAGUAUGACGACAUAAUUGAAUAUAGAUACGUAUAAUUUGACGAGCGACGGUGCAAAAUCGAAAGAGAUCGCCCGAUUGGUUUCAAUAAAUUGUGAAUAAAUUGUGAUUGCUGAUGUGUCGUGCGUAGGUAGUGCGCGUGAGUGUGUGUGCUUGUACGCGAUAACGGUACAACGUUCACGAGACUUGGCCGAACAGUAUUUCCUUGUUUCCCGGACAGGAGCAAAAGUCACGAGAGCUAUUUGCAUUUUAUCGAACAUGACCAAAAAAAUGAAAAAUGAAAAACGCCGAGCGCAAGAAUUCCAGACAAAGUAAAACAUAAGUGAGCAAUCAUUGUAACGACCGAGGAUAAAGAGAUCUGAAGCGAAUACGUGGUUGAUUGUACAUGGAGUAUACAUAGAAAUAAAUUAUAGAGAAGGACAGCGAGAAAGUAUGCGAUUGCGUUACAUUUAUUGCAGACCCCGCAAGGCCCUCCCUCGUCAGUGAAUAUCUCGCGUUGGGCGAGCUAGCACCGUCGCGUUUCUACAGGUCGCUGUUUUACUUGGGCGACGCGUCGAAGGGACGCAACGAUAACUUUCGGAUGGAACACGUGGCGACGUAGCUUCGCCACCUAGUCGCGUGCAUCGCUAUCGAAACGGCGUUACAGCCAAAACCGGUGGCCGCGGUUGUCCGAGCGCUCCAAAAUAAUUGCCACACGGCGGGAAGAUCCAAAGUUUCGGCCAGGUGCCGAGCGCGGCUAAGCCAGGUCUCCCAAAAGCGCGCGUAUCCUCGAAAAUAAGGCCCACGCACGGUCACUCGUCACUUGUUGCUCCUUUGGAAGAAGACCACCUUGUUCGCGGUGAACACCAGAGCAAGCAUACCUCGAUCGCGCCUCAACGCGAGAAGUAAGUAUAUUUUAGCGAUUGCCAAUGAUGCCUGAUUUCGGUCAAUUGCGAUUGCACUUUCGGCUUGAGCGACGAUCCACGCGAAAUAGCCGGUCUACGUAAUUGUUUCGUUGCCCUUGCAUUCGCGUUCUACCGUGCCCAGAAAUAAACGCCAAUGUGCGGGGAGGAAAGUGCAAUCGACGCGUUUAUAUCCAGCAUUUUUCACGGGAUUUCCGAAAACGACCGUAGAACGGACGUAUGGUUGACGGAUAGCCGCGUUUUCAAGGUAAAGAUAACGGACCGAAUGUUAUCUCGUAGUUUUUCUUUUUUUUUGUGUCGUGACAAAUGAUAGAUACUCGACGCCAGCUACGCGGCUACUGCGACCGAAUCACCAAACGGCAUAACGGAAUAAGCAGAGUGGACGCGGUCCGAGCAACGGCGAGGGUCCCGAGGUUGGGCGCGCCGACAGGAGUCGAGAGCGAACGAAAAUGCAAUAAGUGAAAACAUUCGAUUACCGUGGACGAGCGGAUCGUGGCCCGUUGCGCGAGCGCGUGCGCCCGAAGCCAAGU